AUGAAAUUCGCGCGCCCUCUACUCAAGCUGGCUGUGACCCUCAAUCUCGUCGGCAUGACUGUCAUGUGGUCUGUUGAUGCCGCUCCUGUCAACGAGCUGCUGGCCAAGCGCGACGACCCGCAGAAGCCCCCUGACCCAUGCGGUGCUUGCAGUGCCGUCGGCGUGCACUCGGCUUGCUGCCUCUGUUACCACAACUGUUUGGAUGAAAGGGCUGCAAUGAAUGCUUUCCUCGAGAUGCGCGAGGUCGAGGAGCCCCUCGUAAAGGUCAGGGACGCGUCUGUGGCCGACCUUCGGGGCAGCGACACCGCUAAAAUUGGCCUGCAGCGUAGGAGUGACGCCAAAGAUUCUGUCAGCCACUUUCAACUCAUCUAG